CGUGAGAUGCUAUUUGUGUAAGAACAACAGGGCUACCUCAUGUCUAGGCUCCUUUAAUAUAAGGAUUGUUUGCAUCUGAUGUUCUCCAUUCCUAGUAUCUUCAACCCGUCUUGGGUCACUUAAGACAGCCGUCAUGAGAGGUCGGCAGCUUCGGCUGCUGCCGUUACUGUUUGUCAUCACAUGCGCAUUUGUACAUAUAGCUUGUGGACAGCAAGAGGUCUUGAAUGGCCAACUGCAGCGUCAUGAAGCCCAGCAAGCUCCCGAGUUACAGCUCGAGCAUCCGAAGCCCGUUUCACACAUUGGUAUCCCCAAUGACGAAAGACGAGCGAGUGAUUCAAGGGAAGCGAAUGGUGCCCCGUUAGUGGAGGAAGCGCUUGCCCUUCUGCGGUCACUUGAAGUCCACCGCGAUGGUUUUCCGAUGACAAAGAAAGGCUCCAGUUUAUUUGGCGGAAUCUUUUAUUAUGCGAAAGAAGCAUUCGUUCUUUUGUUCAUGAAAGAUGCACCCCAAGAAGAGGAAUCGAAGACGUCGAACGUGCGGGCCACCGUGGAUCCCAAGUUAUUGACCGCCGUCGAGCUCUUAAAAGCUGCAUCCGAUCAAGGACAUGCAGAAGCAGGCAACAUAUUAGGGGAUCUGAAUUUCUGGGGGAAUUUUUCCUACCCUCAAAACUACAGCGAAGCGUUGAACAGAUACUCGGCGGCUUCCUUGAAGGGCAAUACUGCAGCUCAACACAUGCUCGGGUUUCUUUAUGGUACAGGUUUCGGCGGAGCUGUAGUGCAGGAUCAGGCCAAAUCUUUGUUGUAUCACACUUUCGCUGCUUUAAGUGGAGAGACUCGUUCAGAGAUGACUGUGGCGUUUCGACACUACACGGGAAUCGCCACCCCUCGAAAUUGCGAUGAGGCGGUAUUUUAUUACAAAAGGGUCGCCGACAAAGCGGUACAAUAUUUCAGGUCUGGGCCUCCGGGAGGUCGAGCGUUGGUCAAGGAUUCAUACAGACUAUCUGACGAUGACGGCGGCGUUUAUGGGGAGGGAGCCAGUGUUGUUAGCUCAGGAAUAAACGCCAACAGAGGAAGCCCAAGCACCGAGAGUCAAGCGUCCAUGGACGACGUCUUGGAAUACUUGGAUUUGAUGUCAAGAAAAGGAGACCUGAAAGCCACCUUUGGACUGGGGAAACUGUACUAUGACGGCUCAAGAGUGCUGAGGCAAAACUAUAGAAGGGCUAAAACGUACUUUAUGAUUGUCGCAAAACGCUACUGGGGCAAAGAUGGAAAGAUCAUUGCUGGAGGCGGACCUGGCAUCGAAAAACUUGCUUCAAAGGCCGCUGGAUAUCUUGGUCGAAUGUUCUUGCGCGGAGAAGGAGUAGAGCAGAAUUUUGACAAAGCACUCAUCUGGUUCCGACGCGGCUUGGCGAACGGGGAUUCUCUUUGUCAAUACAGCAUGGGACUCAUGUUUCUCAAUGGUCUGUCUUUACCUAAAGAUCCAUUAAGAGCAGCAGACUAUUUCAAAGCAGCUGCAGAUCAGGAUUUCGCCCCUGCUCAAGUACGUUUCGGGGCGCUCUUAUUAGACCAGGGCGAUGUCCAAGUGGCAACGAAGUACUUUGAACUAGCAGCUCGGCACGGAAACAUUGAAGCCUUUUAUUUUCUUGCUGAGAUCAGUAACCAAGGCAUUGGACGCGACCAAUCGUGUGGCGUUGCAACGACUUAUUACAAGAUUGUUGCCGAGAAAGCUGAGGCUAUCCAUUCCUCAUUCCCGGAAGCAAACCAUGCAUAUGAAAGCGGCGACAGAGACUUUGCCCUCGCUACGUAUAUGAUGGCGGCAGAACAGGGCUACGAGACAGCUCAGGCAAAUGUUGCAUACAUCCUCGAUCACAAGGAAUCCUGGCUGUCCACCAAUGUCUUCUCACGCCUAAGAAAUGCAAGACAGUAUGACUCUCGAUUGCAAGCUCUUGCGCUGAUUUAUUGGACGCGCUCCGCAAAGCAAUCCAAUGUUGAUUCGAUGGUGAAAAUGGGAGAUUAUUACCUUGCUGGAUUAGGUUCAGACCCUGACAGCGAAAAAGCCGCUGCUUGUUAUCAAACCGCUGCCGAAUUUCAGCAAAGUGCUCAAGCGCUUUGGAAUCUGGGGUGGAUGCAUGAGAAUGGAGUCGGUGUUGAGCAAGACUUUCACUUGGCAAAGCGAUUCUAUGAUCAAGCAUUAGAAACAAACUCAGAGGCUUAUCUUCCAGUCACGCUAAGUUUGCUGAAGCUAAGAAUGCGAAGUUUCUGGAACACUGUCACUCAUGGCAGAGUGAAAUCAAUUCAAAGCGAGCCAGUGGUUAAAAAAGAAUGGUCGGUUCGUGAAUGGAUCCACAAUUUCUUAGCGGAAGAUCAGAGCUACUAUAACGAAUUGGAUGAUGAUGACCUUUCAGAUCCCAAUGGUCAAGAAGGGAUGCCCGGAGGCGAUGAAUACUACGACGAUCUCGAUGGCGGUAUGAUGGAGAGCUUGAUCAUUAUCGGUCUUGCGGCGACACUAGCGUUCCUGAUGUUUUACCGUCAACAGCGGCAAUUGAAUCAUCAAAGAGCAGCUGAGCAGCAAAGAAACGCUGGUGGUAAUGCUGCAGGUGAAGCUGGCAGACCGGCAGUUCCUGGCCAGCAACCAGAUGGUGGUUUCUUCCCUCCGCCAGGAGAUCCUGACUUCAAUCGCUGGGUUGCUGGUGCUGUUGCACAUUGAUUUGUUGAUAUAACAGCCAAGCGGUUUCUGAUUGCAAAAAAAGAGCAAAAAGUUGAGCGGCAUGUAUACAAGCAUUAUGGGUUAUUGCAUCAAGAGAGGACGUUUUACUAUAUUUGACCUGCAGGCUAACGGCGAGAAUAUAUUGGGCUGUACCCAAAUUGCCUGCUGGAUCGUAAUUUUCCUUUCCCCUAUUCCUUCACCAAUGUAGAUGAUUAUGACAGGAGAACAGAGUAAAUUGUAUUGUUUUCGAUGAGAUGAUACUCUCAUAAUUGUGUACUUCAAGCACCGCUUCAAUAGCUUCUCGUUAUUUUCGAGCCUCUGGAUGAUGUAACAUAUUGGCCCUACAAAUUAGCCUAAUAAUACGGAGUACGAAGCGUAUCUUCGACAGAAUUCGUAGUUCAAUGCAGUUAGCAGACCGAAAAUAUCUCUUGGCAUCAGC